CUCGGACUGUAGGAAUAGUGGUUGAAUCAGGUGCUCUACGAAUAGGACUCCAUCCAAAUUGGUUGAUGGUAGCCGAAGAUCGGCCACACCUCUUGAGCCCAUUGGGCUCCCAUAAUAGGCAGUAAUAGCUGUAUUUUGCUCACGAGUUAUAGAGGUACACGUGUGCUCUGUAAUUCUGUUCUCUUCCUAAUCCGACCGGAGGAGGCUUAGGUCCCCCUUCUUAUAACCACUCCGUCCCACUGUUCUGAGAGAAGCGAAAAGAACUGGCUCUCUCUCUCGUCUCUGCUCCUUUCGCCUUCUAUAUCAUCUGUCUCUGCGUCCCUCUCUCAUUCUCGAACUCCAUCUUUCUCUCCGUGAUAGGUUACUGGCAUACUUCAGUUGUCAGUCUCACAUGGUGGUUUCAGGAGAUGUAUUGCUCAAGGUGUAAUUAGAAGGAAACAUUUUUCGAUGUUAGUUGUUUCGUAUGGAUCAUAAGAACUCCAGUAAAAGGGAUGGGACAGAGGCUAUUCCUGUCCGCACAAGUGAUCGACUUCGAAGGCGACCAAGUAUGUAUGGUCGCACAUACCUGUAUUAUGGCCCCACCAUUAUACGUAAAAAGAAUAAAACCAAGAAACGGACAGCUUCUCAAAUUGCCAAGAUGUUGCGCCCGGGGAAUCGGCCAAUGCGAGCGUCCAAACCCAGUUCAGUUGUAACAAACCUUCGCCGAUCUACUAGAAAGAGGAAGAUGUCCGUAAAUCUGGAAGGCUACGACACAGACAGUUCUGAUACAGAAGACAAUGACCUAAUGAGGCCCAAGUACAUUGCUACUAGAAACAAGAAUGAGAACAGUGCGAGUCGAGAAGAAUUGUCAAUGCCCUCAAGGCAUAAAAAGAACAAUAAAAGUAAAUCAUUUCCUCGUCGCAAAGGAUUACGACCUCGCCGUUUGAAGAAAGUCAAAAGAGAUCAAUCAGAUCAAGAAUCUGAUGAUGAUCAGGAUAGUUCUGAGGAUCAGGCUGGCCAAGAUGUAACUGAAAAUGGGAAGGAUGUUGAGGAGGAUGAGGGGGAUGGAGAGGGUGAGGGUGAAGGUGAUGGUGAGGGUGGUGAUGAAGGAGAAGAAGAUGGUGAUGAUGAAGAGGGUGAAGAACAGGAUGGAAGGAGACGAUAUGAUCUUCGGAAUCGUGCAGAGGUUCGCCGGUUAUCGCCAGAAAAGGAGGGAAAACAAAGGCAGCAAUCCCCUCGCAGAGUACUGCACCAAGGAAUGGGAACCAAGGGUAGUGGAGAUGUAAGGAAGGGUGGUUCACGAGUUCAUAAGCGGCAUCGCCUAGCUAGGGCUGAAGACUCAGAUGAUUCUCUUCUCGUGGAUGAGCUAGACCAAGCUCCUGCUAUUCCUUGGGCACGAGGUGGAAGUAGAAAUGGGCCACCAUGGCUCUUCAGUGGACUGGACAUGCAUGGGGCAACAACAGCAUGGGGAUUAAAUGUUGCUGCAUCUGGUUGGGGUCACCAGAGUGAUGCUUUUGCAACUCUGACUUCUGGUGUUCAAACUGCGGGGCCAAGUUCUAAGGGAGGAGCAGAUAUUCAACCUCUACAAAUUGAUGACAGUGUAAGUUUUGAUGACAUCGGUGGGCUGUCUGAAUACAUUGAUGCUUUGAAGGAAAUGGUAUUCUUUCCCUUGCUGUACCCAGAUUUCUUUGCAAGUUAUCACAUCACUCCUCCAAGGGGAGUCUUGUUGUGUGGUCCCCCUGGUACUGGAAAAACUCUGAUCGCAAGAGCGUUAGCUUGUGCUGCAUCAAAGGCUGGUCAGAAAGUCAGCUUUUACAUGCGUAAGGGUGCAGAUGUUCUUAGCAAAUGGGUUGGUGAGGCUGAAAGGCAACUGAAAUUACUUUUUGAAGAAGCUCAAAGGAAUCAGCCAUCCAUCAUUUUCUUUGAUGAAAUUGAUGGCCUUGCACCUGUUAGAUCAAGCAAGCAAGAGCAGAUACACAAUUCAAUUGUAUCAACUCUGCUUGCUUUGAUGGAUGGUCUUGAUUCUCGUGGACAAGUUGUUUUGAUUGGAGCAACAAAUAGAAUUGAUGCCAUCGAUGGAGCCCUACGCCGUCCUGGCCGGUUCGAUCGCGAAUUCAAUUUUCCUUUACCUGGUUGUGAGGCACGUGCUCAAAUAUUGGACAUUCAUACACGUAAAUGGAAGCAACCACCUUCAAAGGAUCUAAAGAUGGAGCUUGCAGCUAGUUGUGUAGGAUAUUGUGGGGCUGACCUAAAGGCCCUGUGCACAGAAGCUGCCAUUCGUGCCUUCCGUGAAAAAUACCCUCAAGUUUACACUAGUGAUGACAAGUUUUUGAUUGAUGUUGAUUCAGUAAGGGUCGAAAAGUACCAUUUCUUGGAAGCCAUGUCAACAAUUACUCCUGCUGCUCAUAGAGGCUCAAUUGUGCACUCAAGGCCAUUGUCUUUAAUUGUUGCACCAUGUUUACAAAGACAUCUCCAGAAAGUCAUGGAUCACAUAUCUGAAAUUUUUCCUACUCUUACAGCUUUGUCAGAUAUGAGUAAACUGUCUAUGCUUUCCUAUGGUUCUGCACGUCCUCUUGUCUACAGGCCUAGACUUCUAAUAUGUGGUGAUGAAAGCAUGGGCCUGGACCAUGUUGGGCCUGCGGUUUUACAUGAACUGGAGAAAUUCCCUGUUCAUUCUCUUGGACUCCCCUCUCUUCUUUCUGAUCCUAGUGCAAAGACGCCGGAGGAGGCCUUGGUACAUAUAUUUGGUGAAGCAAGGAGAAACACACCCUCUAUUCUUUAUUUACCUCAGUUCCACCUUUGGUGGGAGAAUGCACAUGAGCAGCUUAGGGCAGUCCUUGUGGCGCUUUUGGAGGAAUUGCCAUCAGACUUUCCCAUAUUAUUGCUUGGAACAUGCUCACGUCCACUUGCAGAUAUAGAUGGGAAUCCUCAUGCAGUAUUUGCUCAUCGUAAUGUGUAUCAAUUGGACAAACUAAGAGUACAAGAUAGGGUGAUGUUUUUUGACCGUUUGAUCCAAGCAGUUCUCUCCAUCCCAUCUGAAGGGUCAACAAGCAGAUCAAAGGAGCCAGCAUCCCUUCCUGAACUCCCCAAGGCACCAAAGGCCAUGAGUGGUCCAAAGCCAUCAGAAAUAAAAGCCAAGGCAGAAGCUGAGGAACAUGCCCUCCGUCGAUUACGAAUGUGUCUUCGAGAUGUCUGCAAUCGGAUUCUAUAUGACAAACGAUUUAGUGUGUUUCAUUAUCCAGUCAUGGAUGAAGAUGCACCAAAUUAUCGCGCAAUAAUCCAGAAUCCCAUGGACAUGGCUACUUUGCUGCAACAUGUAGACGAUGGGCAGUAUAUUACCUGUUCGGCAUUCCUGCAAGAUUUUGAUCUCAUUCUGACCAAUGCAAAGGUUUGUGAGCCUUUAAUGCCAGUCUGACUCCUUUGACUUUAA